AUGAGCUUGGUCGUAAGCAGUUCUUUCCAACAGUGUCCUAUUCAGACGUCUUCAGUAGUACAGGCGAGUGACCUAGCUAACCCGGCGAACGGUGGACGAGCAGAUCGCUGGCAGAGACCACAUGCUUGCCCGAUAUGUGGCCUCACGUCGGCACGCAAGGAUGUUAUCUCGCGACAUAUGAGAGUCCUGCAUCGUGGAGCCGGGAAGUCAGCCGAGCCCCAGGAAGAACAGGCCUCUGGUGUCAACCCAGAAACAUCAUCCGACGAGUCCACCUACGAUCUCAACAGCCAGAUUGUGCAGGGCCACCCGCCAGAUAAUGCUAACGGUGGAGACACAGACGGCCUCGCGAAUGGGCCAGUCAUCCCAGAAGUCCUCCCUUCGUUGUCGACCCUGUUGAACACCCAGGGUGCUGCGGUCGGCACCAACGCCAACACCUUCGAGCUGGGUCUGGAUCGAGGAUGGAAAGUCCCCCUGCUGGACCGUGUGCAAGCCCCUGCCGCAAAUGCCGAGGCCACCGCCAGACCCCAGAUGGAUUUCCAGCUCCUGGACGAGGCUUUCCUGCAAUGGCCAUGGGAGGAUCCAUUCUACGUGUUUCCGUGGUCGGACGAUGUAGCCAAGAACAAUCCAGCAAGGCACGCCGAUCCCGACAAUGGCGAGUACCAGUCGUCUGGGUUGUUUCUCGGAUUGAUUCCAUCGGAAAUCGAACAGGCGAAACUCAACCUGCAGCUCUUUGACGUCGAGAACCGUCUGUGCGAUUUCGUGUUCCCCACCAACCACAUGGUGAUGCGGCUCGUGAGAGGAUUCUUCAAGCACUUUGCGCCACACUGUCCCAUCGUCCACCCACAGACGUUCUCGAUCGGCACGAUUCAAGCACCGCUUCUGCUUGCUGUCAUGGCGUGCGGGGGUGUCUACUUGAAUGAGCCAGAGGUUAGCAUCAGGUUGUACUUUGCGGUCUUGAAGCUGCUGAGUGAGAAUGAAGAUUUGGUGAUCGCCGGUCAGAGAGACUCGGGGUUUCAGCUCUGGGAGUUACAAACGAGGCUCCUGACCUGCCAGUACGGCCUCUUUGGUGGCGACAGUCGAAUUCAACGACAAGCCAGACUCUCUUUUACCAGGCUUCACGUGCUCUGCCGAGAAGCCUCUGGGGAGGCGACGAAGGUCUCGGCGCAUGACUGGACGGGCUGGGUCUUUCGUGAGAGUAUGAUUAGAUGCGUGGCUUGGACCACGGUCCUCCGGGCGGUCUUGCUGUGCAACGAAGACAACGCGGUGCUGCGGAGCUCCAACACCGAGUUCGACGGGACGUUGCCCUGUUCGGAGGAACUGUGGUCUGCCGGGGCCAUCACCUGGCAGAACUCACCGCGGGUCACCAAUUCGUCGGUCGUGUGUUUCCGGCAACUUCUCUCCGGCGCGCCGCUCGACGACACGAUCAGCCCAUUUGGCCUGUUAACCUUGAUCAGCGUCAUCCUCUCCCACAUCUGCACGCUUCGCCUCGGGAACGACACCGGCACGGUCGCGACGCCUCCACCGGACGAGGAGUCCCUCCGGCUGGCGCUCCACACGUGGGAAGAGGCGUGGCGGACUCACCCCCACGCCACGACGGUGCCGGAUGCUCCUCAGGGCCCCCUCAUGGCCGACGCACUGAUCAUUCUCAAUGCCGCAUACUACCGCCUGUACGCGAACGAGCCGAUGAACGAAAUGAAAGCGAUCGCUCAGCUGCCUGCCGGCCAGGUUUCUCGCGGCCGAAUCGCGAAACUCUAUCACUUGGACAACAACCCCCCGGAUCUGAUGAAAGCGGUGGUCCGAGCCUGCCGAUGCCUGAUGGUCCGUGUGCGCUUGGGACUGGGCUACCUGCUCAAGACGUCGUGCUUGAACUAUCCGUGCUAUGCGCCCCUGAUCGCUUACGAAGGCAGUCUCAUCAUGUGCUGGUACCUUCUUGGUCGGCAGCUCGCGGAGAUCCCGGGACCAGAAGACCUCGUCAUCACCACCAUGAUGGACGAGAUCGUCGCAGAAAGCGAAUACAAAUAUGAAAGGCCCAUUCAGAGAGAGCUGCUGCCGAUGAUGAUCUACAGGGACAUGAUCAGGGAGCGAUGGAUCUGGCCUGCCACGUGUAAUGUAUUAUCAAACAGUCUCGACGGCAUGAUCAACAGGCUUAAACCGUUGCUUGAGGGACAGAGACAAGUAUGA